AUGAGGUUGAGAUCUGUGCUGUGGAGUUUCCUCGCUCUGUCGGUCGCCAGCCUCCCUGAGGUCCAAGUCAGACUGGUUCGCAACCAUGUCAGCAGCAUCUGCAGCACAUGGGGCAGAGAGCACUUCAAGACCUUUGAUGGUGACGUGUACCAGUUUCCCGGAAUGUGCGAGUACAACCUGGUCUCUGACUGCCACGAGUCCUAUCAGGGGUUCUCAGUACACAUAAAGAGGACAGAAAAGGAUGGAAUCCCUACCAUCACUUACUUGGCGGUCACCAUCAAUGAACUCUUGUUUCACCUUAGCAAGAGCUGGGUCACUGUCAACUAUGAGCAAGUCCGUCUACCUUAUUACAAGGGAGGGGUGCAAGUGGAAAAUAAUGCAGUUUACAUUAAGCUUCAGACCAAACUGGGGUUCACUGUCAUGUGGAAUGGAGAUGAUGCAGUGAUGGUGGAAAUUGAUAAUGACUUUGCAAACCAAACUUGUGGCCUUUGUGGAGACUUCAAUGGUGUUCCAGUCUACAAUGAGUUCAUUCAUAAUGGCCGCAAAAUCAGCCCCAUCGAGUUUGGCAACAAACACAAAACCCUUCGCCCAAAUGAUGACUGCGAGGACCCCUAUGAAGAGGAAGAGGAAUUACUGGAGGCUGUUACUGACUCAGAUUCCUGCAAGGAAUCACUAACCAUCUGUAAACAAAUGUUUCUGUCAGAGUCCUGGAGCUCAUGCACUGAACUGAUUGAUCCUGAAGCUUACAUCCAGGCAUGUGUGAAGGACAUGUGUGGCUGUAGUAACAACACCAAUGACUUCUGUGUCUGUAGCACACUGUCUGAGUAUUCCCGACAGUGUUCCCAUGCAGGAGGACAACCUCCCAACUGGAGGACACCUCAGUUCUGUGCUAAACAGUGCCCCUACAACAUGGUGUAUGAAGAAAGUGGAUCCCCUUGUAUGGAUACUUGCACAAAUCAGGACACAAGUUCACUCUGUGAAGACCACAAAAUGGACGGUUGCUUCUGUCCUUCUGGAACUGUGUUGGAUGAUAUUUCUGAGAGAGGUUGUAUUCCUCAGUCUGAAUGUCAGUGCAAGCAUGUCAAAAUCUACAACUCUGGAGAGGUUUACCUACGAGAUCGGGAGGAAUGUACAUGCUUUGAGGGCAGAUGGGACUGUAUCAGUCUUGAAACGCUUGCUACCUGUGCAGUUGAAGAAGGUUCACAUUUCACUACUUUUGAUGGGAAAACCUACACCUUCCAUGGAGACUGUUACUACACUCUGGCAAAGGAUGAAGCAAGCCCAACGUUUACCCUCCUGGCCCAGCUGGUGCCCUGUGCUCACCAACAGUUUGACACAUGCAUGAAGGCCCUAAAAAUCCUGCUAAACAAUGACAAAAACAAUGUACUAACAUUCACCUCUGAUGGUGCAAUUAAGCAGAACAUGCAGACUGUCACUUUACCAUACAACUCAGGAGACAUCAGCAUUUUCCACGCCUCAUCCUUUCACAUUUUGAUGCAGACCAGAUUUGGGUUGCAGAUUCAGAUCCAGCAUGUCCCUCUUAUGCAAGUCUACAUACGCCUGGAGCAAAGCUACAAAUCAAAGACACGUGGUUUAUGUGGGAACUUCAACAUGAUCUUGAGUGACGAAAUGAAGACUCCUCAGGGGAUCGUGGAGGGAACUGCAGCAACCUUCAGUAACUCUUGGAAGGCUAACCUCAUGUGCUCAGACAGACAGGAAAGACUUGAUGACCCAUGUUCCCUCAGUUUGGAAAGUGAGCUCUAUGCCAAACACUGGUGUGCCUUACUUCUGAGCCCAAACAGUACAUUUGCCCAGUGUCGAUCGGUUGUUGAUCCUGAGAUGUUUUACAAGCGAUGCACCUACUCAGCCUGUAGUUGUGAGAAGAGCGAGGCCUGUUUGUGUGCUGUCUUCUCCUCUUAUGCUCGAGCUUGUGCAGAAAAGGGAGUCUUCCUGACAAACUUAAGAGAGAGUGUGUGUGAUACAUACACAAAGAGCUGCCCAGCAUCCCAGACCUUCUCUUACGCACAUCAGAGAUGCCAGUUGACAUGCAGAUCUUUGGGCUCGGAGGAACAAAGCUGCACUUCCGACUUCUUGCCUGUGGACGGUUGCUCCUGUGCUGAGGGUCUCUAUUUGAAUGAAAAUGGUCUUUGCGUCCCAUUAGAAAAAUGUUCCUGUUACCAUAACGGGAUUUACAUUAAUCCAGGAAAGUCCAUCAACAUCAGAGAUGAGCACUGUCUAUGCAACAGUGGAGUGCUUCAUUGUCAUUCCUGGAGAAGCCGUUCAUCAUUAUGUCCUUUCCCAAAAGCCUUCUUCAACUGCUCCUCUGCAACCACAGGAGAACUUGGACUACAGUGUGCUAAAACCUGUUUAAAUCUGGAUAGUAAUGAAUGCGACUCUACAGAGUGUGAAUCUGGUUGUCGGUGUCAGGAUGGCCUCCUUGAAGACGGCAAAGGUUCCUGUGUAAAAGAAAUUGACUGUCCAUGUCAGCACAACGGACAUUUUUUUGCUCCCGGAGUGGUGAUUCCUAACCAGUGCAACAAGUGUACCUGCAAAAGUGGAAAAUGGGAGUGCACUGAGAAGAAAUGUCCAGGAACCUGCGUUAUUUAUGGAAGUGGGCACUACAACACAUUUGAUCAGAGGACAUACGGAUUUCAGGGAGACUGUGCUUAUGUCGCUGUCAAGAAUAAAUGUGGCAACAAAACAGUCGAGAACAACUUUGGAGUUAUCACAGAAAAUGUACCAUGUGGCUCUACAGGCACCACCUGCUCCAAGACUGUCAGAAUUCAACUCGGACGAACAGAAAUUAAACUAACAAAGGGUAAAUAUGAAGAGGACGAUCUGAGACAGGGCCCGCUGAUUAAGUACAGAAUAAGGAGGGUUGGUCUGUACUUGGUGGUAGAAUCUACCAUCGGUCUGGCAGUGAUAUGGGAUCGCAAAACAAGUGUUCGCAUCCUCCUGGAGCCCCAGCACAGUGGUGAAGUUUGUGGCCUUUGUGGAAAUUUUGAUGGAGAUGGACGGAACGACUUCACCACCCAGGGUCAGCUGGUGGUGAGCAACAUGCUAGAGUUUGCAAACAGCUGGAAAGUGUCUAGCACUUGCCCGGAUGUGGAAGAGAAUGUGGAUUCUUGUGCAGUUGCACCCAUGAGACAUCACUGGGCAAAAAUGAUGUGCAGCAUCAUAACAGGACAUACAUUCAAAGACUGCCAGCACAAGGUUGAUCCUCGCCCAUUUUAUGAAAACUGUGUGAAAGACUCGUGUGCCUGCGACACUGGAGGAGACUGUGAGUGUUUCUGCUCGGCUGUAGCAGCCUACGCUCAGGCUUGUAACGAGGCUGGUGUUUGUGUUGCAUGGAGAACACCAGACAUCUGUCCUGUUUUUUGUGAAUACUAUAACAGCCCAGAUGAUUGCACAUGGCACUACAGUCCUUGCCACACACCUUGUUACAAGACUUGUUUGAACCCACAAGGAAUUUGUAGCAACCCACUACCCAAUCUGGAGGGUUGUUAUCCUGUAUGCCCAGAAGAUAAACCCAUUUUUGAUGAGAAGAAUCAAACAUGUGUGGAAGAAUGUGCUUAUUGCUUGUACAAUGGGACCAUAUAUGAAGAAAAUGAUGUGGUUUACAAUGUCACAGACUACAUGGGAAUGUGCUACUACGGAAUCUGCAUUAAUUCAACUGUGAUACACAUAAGUAAACCUUGUACAACAACCCCAGAACCAUCCACAACCACAACAGCUCCCCCUACAACAACCACAGGGCCAUCCACAACCACAAAAUCUACCCCUCCACCUCCACCUCCCCCAACAACAACAACCCCAGAACCACCCACAACCACAAUAUCACCGCCAUCUACACGAACCCCUACAACAACUUCAGAAACCAUCCACAACCACAACAGCUCCCCCUACAACAACCCCAGAACCAUCCACAACCACAACAGCUCCCCCUACAACAACCACAGGGCCAUCCACAACCACAAAAUCUACCCCUCCACCUACACCUCCCCCAACAACAACAACCCCAGAACCACCCACAACCACAAAAGCUACACCUCCCCCAACAACAACAACCCCAGAACCACCCACAACCACAACAGCUCCCCCUACAACAACCACAGGGCCAUCCACAACCACAAAAUCUACCCCUCCACCUACACCUCCCCCAACAACAACAACCCCAGAACCAUCCACAACCACAACAGCUCCCCCUACAACAACCACAGGGCCAUCCACAACCACAAAAUCUACCCCUCCACCUCCACCUCCCCCAACAACAACAACCCCAGAACCACCCACAACCACAAAAGCUACACCUCCCCCAACAACAACAACCCCAGAACCAUCCACAACCACAACAGCUCCCCCUCCCCCUACAACAACCCCAGGGCCAUCCACAACCACAAAAUCUACCCCUCCACCUCCACCUACCCCAACAACAACAACCCCAGAACCACCCACAACCACAAAAGCUACACCUCCCCCAACAACAACAACCCCACAACCACCCACAACCACAACAGCUCCCCCUACAACAACCACAGGGCCAUCCACAACCACAAAAUCUACCCCUCCACCUACACCUCCCCCAACAACAACAACCCCAGAACCAUCCACAACCACAACAGCUCCCCCUACAACAACCACAGGGCCAUCCACAACCACAAAAUCUACCCCUCCACCUCCACCUCCCCCAACAACAACAACCCCAGAACCACCCACAACCACAAUAUCACCGCCAUCUACACGACCCCCUACAACAACUUCAGAGUCAUCCACAAUCACAAAAGGUACUUCUCCAACUACCACAACUUUGGUCACAACUACUUGCAUUCCAACCUAACCAUCCACAACCACAACAGCUCCCCCUACAACAACCCCAGGGCCAUCCACAACCACAAAAUCUACCCCUCCACCUACACCUCCCCCUACAACAACAACCCCAGAACCAUCCACAACCACAACAGCUCCCCCUACAACAACCACAGGGCCAUCCACAACCACAAAAUCUACCCCUCCACCUCCACCUCCCCCAACAACAACAACCCCAGAACCACCCACAACCACAAAAGCUACACCUCCCCCAACAACAACAACCCCACAACCACCCACAACCACAACAGCUCCCCCUACAACAACCACAGGGCCAUCCACAACCACAAAAUCUACCCCUCCACCUACACCUCCCCCAACAACAACAACCCCAGAACCAUCCACAACCACAACAGCUCCCCCUACAACAACCACAGGGCCAUCCACAACCACAAAAUCUACCCCUCCACCUCCACCUCCCCCAACAACAACAACCCCAGAACCACCCACAACCACAAAAGCUACACCUCCCCCAACAACAACAACCCCAGAACCAUCCACAACCACAACAGCUCCCCCUACAACAACCACAGGGCCAUCCACAACCACAAAAUCUACCCCUCCACCUCCACCUCCCCCAACAACAACAACCCCAGAACCACCUACAACCACAAAAGCUACACCUCCCCCAACAACAACAACCCCAGAACCAUCCACAACCACAACAGCUCCCCCUACAACAACCACAGGGCCAUCCACAACCACAAAAUCUACCCCUCCACCUACACCUCCCCCAACAACAACAACCCCAGAACUACCCACAACCACAAAAGCUACACCUCCCCCAACAACAACAACCCCACAACCACCCACAACCACAACAGCUCCCCCUCCCACUACAUCAACAACCCCAGAACCACCCACAACCACAAAAGCUACAACUCCACCUACACAUCCCCCUACAACAACCCCAGAGCCAUCCACAACCACAAAAUCUACCCCUUCACCUACACCUCCCCCAACAACAACAACCCCAGAACCACCCACAACCACAAAAGCUACAACUCCACCUACACCUCCCCCAACAACAACCCCAGAGCCAUCCACAACCACAAAAAGCCAUCCACAACCACAAAAUCUACCCCUCCACCUCCACCUCCCCCAACAACAACAACCCCAGAACCACCCACAACCACAAAAGCUACAACUCCACCUACACAUCCCCCUACAACAACCCCAGAGCCAUCCACAACCACAAAAUCUACCCCUCCACCUACACCUCCCCCAACAACAACAACCCCAGAACCAUCCACAACCACAACAGCUCCCCCUCCCCCUACAACAACCCCAGGGACAUCCACAACCACAAAAUCUACCCCUCUACCUACACCUCCCCCAACAACAACAACCCCAGAACUAUCCCCAACCACAAAAGCUACCACUCCAUCUACACCUUCGCCUACAACAACCCCAAAACCAACUACUACAACAAAAGUUUCAACUCCAUUUCCCAUACCCACAACUGGCCCUACAAGAUCAACAGUACCACCUCAAGAACAAGUCAGUCAUACAGUCACAACGGAGUGCUUCUGUAUUUUUAAUGGCACAAUUUAUCAUCCAGGACAGCCAAUAUUUUCCAUGCACCCCAUCGGAUCAGGCAUUUGUCUCACAAUGAUUUGUUCUGAUGUUUGUGAAAUUCAUAACAAGACUGAAUUGUGUGCAAGCACCUCAGCAUCAACACUCACACCUUCUCCCACACCUUAUAUACCUACUUGUCCUGAGUGGGAUGUUGUACAAAAUGAGACAUUUGUCAUAUGCAACUGCACCAUGGCAAGAUGCAUUGAGAACAACACAAUUGAAAUAAUUCCACUUGAGUGUCCACCACUCCAAAACAUAACUUGUUCCAAUGGAAAGAAACCAGUUCUUGCAUAUGAUGAGUAUUACUGCUGCCAAAAAUAUGUUUGUGACUGUGUAUGUGAAGGAUGGGGAGAUCCUCAUUACAUCACAUUUGAUGGGUUAUACUACAGUUAUCAAGGAAACUGUACUUAUGUUUUGAUGGAGGAGUACACACCAAAAAAUCAUCUAAAGAUAUAUGUUGACAACGUAUAUUGUGAUCCCACUGAAGAUGUUUCUUGUCCAAGAGCACUAACCAUAGCAUAUGGAUUUCAUGUUGUUACGCUCAUCAAUCAUAACCUCAUUGGAGCUCCACAAUUAGAGGCAUUAAAAAAUGAGGAAAUACUUAAACUACCUUAUUCACAACAAGGUGUUAAGAUCAUGAGUUCUGCGAUAAACUUGGUUUAUGAGAUCCCUCGCCUAAAUGUGGUCAUUACAUUUGGAAUGACUGGUUUUAGCAUCAACCUUCCAUAUCAGUACUUUGGCAACAACACACAGGGUCAUUGUGGGACAUGCAACAACAAUAUGGCGGAUGACUGCAGGCUGCCAACAGGCGAACUAGUGAAAAAUUGUGCAGUGAUGGCAGACUAUUGGCCAGCGGAUGACGUUAUUAAACCCAACUGCCCAACACCACCUGUAGUACCCACUAAUGUACCUGAAUCACAACUAGAACCAACUCCAUGCAAGCCAGACUCCAUUUGUGAUCUGCUUAAGAGAAGUGUUUUUGCAGAAUGUCAUCCAUUAGUUUCACCAGACAAUUUCUACAAAGGUUGCGCUUUUGAUAGUUGUCACGUUUCAAACCCUACAGUGGAGUGCACAAGUUUGCAAACUUAUGCUGCUGCCUGUGCUCAGGCUGGGAUUUGCAUCCAAUGGAGAAACCACACCAAAAUAUGUGCUAGUGACUGCCCAUCUGACAAAGUUUAUAUGCCUUGUGGUCCUGCAGAACAGCCAUCUUGUGAAGACAAUCCAAAUGAAUCAACCACACAGUUUAUUACUGAGGGCUGCUUCUGUCCUGAUGGAAUGAAGCUCUUUAACAAAGAUUCAGGAAUAUGUGUUGAAAAAUGUGGAUGUCUUGAUCCUGAAGGCAUUCCUCGGGAGUUUAAUGAGAGGUUUGAGUACAAAUGCCAGGACUGCAUUUGUGAUGAGUCUACCAAAACUGUGAUUUGCAAACCUAAGACAUGCCCAGAACCACCAUCUGCUAAUUGCACUGGACCAGGUUUUGUUGUUGUGAACCAAACAAACCCAGUGGAUCCCUGCUGCUUUGUCUACGUUUGUCAAUGCCAACUCAACAACUGCCCACAAAACAGCAUGAGCUGUCCAAUUGGAUACAGGCCAAUCAUCAGUGUUCCUGAGGGAAAAUGCUGUCCAGAACAUACAUGUGACCCUAAACGAGUUUGUGUCCACAAGAAUGUUGAAUACGAGCCCAGUUCCUCAGUUCCUGCAGUUGCAUGCCAGGACUGUACCUGCGGCAAUGAGAUUGAUCCACACAGCGGUCUGUUUAAACUAGACUGUGUGUAUCAGCAGUGUCAUGAGACCUGUGACUUGGGUUAUGAAUAUGUGGAAACUAACUCUAAUGACUGCUGUGGAAAGUGUGUACAGAAACAAUGCAUCCUGAAUUUAAAUGGUACCAAGCAACUCUUGAAUGAAGGAGAAAUGUGGUCACCGCCUGAAAACAUGUGUGAGCACUACACCUGUAUGAGGAAUGGGGACACACUAUCAGCCCUAAGUUCACAAAUCAUUUGCCCUCAUUUCCAAGAGAGUAACUGCCACCCUAACACAAUUCAAACUGCAGCAAAUGGGUGCUGUAAAAUCUGUAUGGAGAUAGACAAAGCCUGCAAGCUGAUUAGCAUGAAAACUCUAGUUUUGCGCCACGGCUGUCAGUCUGAACAUGAGGUGGAAAUGCCAUACUGUGAAGGAUCUUGCAACACAUUCACUAAGUACUCUGCAGCAGCAGCCGCUAUGGAACAUUCCUGCUCCUGCUGUAAGGAAAUACGCUCCAGCAAUCGCACUAUUGACUUGCUGUGCCUGAAUGGAGGCAAGAUCACCCACACCUACAUGUAUGUGGAGGAGUGCGGCUGUGGCCACACAGAAUGUACCGCAACUGCAGGCCUACGUGCUCGCAAAAAGAGAAGCUCGAUGCUGCUGUGAUACAUUCUUCUUUCAUAACAUUACUCAAUGUUAGAAGUGUUUUAUCUUGUACCACUCUAGCAAUAUUAGAAAGUAAUUUGCCACUUAAGUGGAGUAUUUAUCAUCUAAUCAAAUAAAAAGAUUCAACUAAA